CAAGCAGGUAAGAUGGCGUCCUUCAAUGAAGCAGGAAAUAGCGUCAAAUUGAUGUAGUUUAAACAAAAGUUAAUGUUGUUUAGGACAUAACAGUGAUCGUACCAGGAGACAUAAAACCAGUAGGAUGAAAACACAGCGCGUAGCUGUAUUCUCAUUAUGAUUCACUCCCAGUGUUUGAAGCAAAUGAUAAAAAGAUUCUAAAUGGCCUCUAGGAAAUCGGGAUCAGAUUUUCAGAACUCUGAUGUUUCGUCACCAUACGAGAUAACAUCAUCAAUGAGCCUCCGGAUGAAGCACUGGUGGUGCAGCCUUCAGUUAUCUUGAUGAUGUUCCAUUUAAGAUUGGUGAUAAUUUCAAGAGUCCUGCCAAAGUGGGAUUUCCUGUUGGAUUUUGCAUGACCGAUUACUCAAAAGUAUUUAGAAAGAUUGAUUAUGAUUUCUCUUUCGAGAAGAGGACCAUAAAAUGGGCUGAAGAAAUAAAACAAAUUAAGGCUGCACAAGAGGCAGCUUGUUUAACAAGGGAAGUUUCUUCAGUGACUGCUGAAUCUGAUGCACUCUCUGAGAGAAAAAGUGGAAUCCAGUACAAUGAUGGACCACAUUCUUCAGCAUUUCCACUCACAAUUAACCCUAUACUUGCCAGUCUAAGGCACAACAAUAUUCUAACCCCAAUGCCAGCGAAUAGUAAAACUGUAACACAAAAAGACCCAAGUCCUCCUUAUACAACUAAAUUCAAUCUUGCAGACUUUGAAAGUGAAGAGGAUCUUUUUGAUAAACUGGAGUUGAAAACGCUAAAUGAUAAGGAGGAACUCAAAAACAUUCUUGAAGUUCAGGCAAGUUCACGACCAGUGAUUAUUUCACAAUUGGAUAAUGACUUGGAUGUGCACGUUGUGGGGUCUACAGAUGCAUCACCAAGCUCAGAAGUGCAGGCCUCAACUGAGGAGGCUACCUCAGACUUCAAAUCUCUUCACAAGCCAAAUGGCCUCAUAGAUUUGCCACAGUUGGAGAACUGUGAAAAAGUGCCCUUCUCUGCCAAAGUAUCUCUCUCAUCUCCUUCAACUGUCAGCAAUAUCAAAUCUCUGUCCUUUCCUAAACUCGACUCUGAUGAAAGUGAGCAGAAGACUGCUAAGCUCACAGGUACUUUCCACAGCACAAGCCUACCUAAUGGCACUUUGUUUAGUUCAAUAAAGAACAAUGAGCAGUACAAAGCUCGUGGUUUGAAUGGGCAUAACCUCCCUGUUAUGCCCCUAUGUUCUUCAAGGUUUGAACUUGGAAUUGAUAGUACUACAGCAGCGUUGUUGUCUUCCACAUCAGAUGUUUCAUCUACUGCUGGAAUCAAAAAUUCAUCUCAAAUUGAAGCAAAACUGGUUAAUUCCGGAAACCAACCUGCUGAAGAAAGGUUCACCAUAAACAUCACAGAUGUAUCAAAGAAAUCGGAAUGUUCUGAUCCACUGAAAUCAUUAACUCCAAGUGAGAGGCAGUGUGCUGCAACAAUAGUUAAUAUGGGAUACUCCUGUGAGAAUGUAAUAAAAGCCAUGCAGAAACGAGGAGAAAAUCUAGAACAGAUACUUGAUUACUUGUUUGUCCAUGGGCGACUUUGUGAACUGGGCUUUGAACCUGCACUAGUGGAGGAGGGCCUCGAAAUGUAUCAGUGUUCGGAGCCAAAGACUUUGGAGUUUCUUAACCUCAUGUCCAAGUUCAGAGAAAUGGGUUUUGCACGGGGUGAUAUUAAGGAAGUUCUUGUUGUUCAUAACAAUGACCAGGAAAAAGCUCUGGAAGACUUAAUGACCCGUGCAGGAACUAGCUGAAGGCAACCCUUGUUCUAUCUCAGUCUGAUUGAGAGAACAGAAAGGAAAAAUAAAACCAUCCCACGUAUGAUUCAGUUUCCAGCUCUGUUUAUACAAGCAUGGCUGUACCUUUCUUUACUUUUGGACUUUUUUUGUGAAUGGCAGGUCAGGGUAGGGGGUGGGUGAUGGUGGCAGCAGGAGAGUGAUCCAUCAUUCAAGAAAAUCUCUUGCUUUGUAGGAAAGAGUAAGAUGAAAACAAACUAAGUACAAAGUGACAAUAGUAGCAGUCUUAAUAUAUUGACUCAUUAAGUGAUCACAGGAGGCUGUUGUAACGUGGCUGAAUUCAUCUUCCUCAAACUGUGGCUUGAUGAGAGAGCAGUUGAAUUCAUUUUGUUUUACAUUUCUCUUGUUCCCCCAACGAAUAAUAAUUAUGUGCAUCUUCCAUUCUUGCACAGAAAUUUGAUUCAGUAUAUUGCAAAGCUGGAUAAUAAUUUUCCAAGGUUAAAGCUGCUUUAUGUCCUCUGUCAAAAGCUACAUUUACUGGACUGUAGGCUAUUGUAAAAUUGUAUUUGAAUUAAGUAACCUAUAGUGCAAUAGGAAUUAUUAGACUGGCCCAGUCUAUCAUCUGUCAUUGGCUGGAUAGUAUCGCCAUCUAUGCAUUUUGUUUAGAAAACACAAUGGGAAGUCAAAACUCUCAAUCCUAACAGACAAAUAAGGACAAAAGGAAACCCGGCAUUGAUCUACGCUCCAUCCCUGUAUGGGUCUCUUUCACAUGGAUUCCCUUAUAGGAAAUCUAUUCAUGGACUCUUUUAGAAGAAUUGCAGCGUGAGGUGAAAUUCUCAUAUACUUAAGCACUUUCUUUAAAUUGUCUUGUUGCCGCUGCACUUAUUUCAUUUACACUGUUGUCGAAUGUUACAUUAUGUCUUCCUCACUGCUGUAGUUCUGGAGUGUUUCUUUACUAGUAAUCUUCAAUAGCAACAGAUUAUUUUUCUUUUAAUUUUAGAACAGAUGUUGCAUUAUUCUAUGUAAUAUUUCACAAACCUUCAA